AUGUGGAAGGACGACGAACUGGAUGAGUUUGACGCCAGCCACGUAAAGUUCCAGAUGGAGGAGACGGAGGCGAGGCCGAAGGCUACUCUCCUGGAGGGGACGAAGCGGCUCUCGAACAGGCUUGCAACUGACUUUGGGGACGAUUGGGCGGGCAUGGACAUCGUGAAGAAGGAUGCUUUGGCCAUCGUCGCCCCCUGCGUCGACUUGGGCAUGACCUGGGACCCAAAGAGUGACUUCCUCCUCGCGCGCGUUGUCGGCUUGAUCUGCGGCAGGGAGCUUCGCGCUCGCCCCGACGCCGCGUGCGAGCUGGACGACGGGGUUUGGCUCGCCGUCGAUUCGAUGCCUCAGCACCUUGUCAUCCGCAUGGAGCAGGCGAUGACGGCGGCUAAAUUUGUGUUGAGCGAGGCAGCGAAAGCAGAGGUGGAACGAACGUGGGGGAGCGUCAUUCCCUUCUUGAGGAACUUCCAGCAGUGGGCGAACUUCGCCCCCGUGGAAGAUUUCGAACUACGCAGCGCGAAGCACUGGGCAACGGCAGCGGCGUACUCGCUCUCCAACAUGCCCUGGCGCUUCGUGAAUGCCGCGAAGGGGCCUGGCGCGUUGAAGGCGUAUGCCGAAUUCUACCAGCAGGACCGCUCAGUCACGGAGCACGUUAUACUAUGCUUUACCAAUGCAUGCGCCAAGAUCUCCACGCCCACGGGGAACGCGCCUGAAGCUGGUAGCAUGCAGUGCAUCCAGAAGUCCGCGGGCAACAAUUGCUACACCCACAUGAAAUGCAAGCCGGGCAACCACUUGACCUACAAACCGCCCGAGGACGAGCGGAAGAAGUUCAAGAUGGCAUUGACGACUGCGUUCGCGGGGGACCCCGAGGGCCGUCGCAUGGUCUACGCCAGCGACAUUCUCGGCCUUCUGGGGAAGCAAGAUACACACGUUUGCUUGUGCCACACAGGGAGCGGCGGCAAUUCCAAAUCUUCGAUCUCAGCCCUCCGCCACAACGUCUUCUCGGACACCCACAAGUACAUCCCCUCCACGUGCUUCGAGGAGGAGCACCGCAAGCAGGGCAUCAACUUUGCGUUCUGCCGAGCCGCUGCCAUGCAGGAGGCGUCCACGACGGCGGUGGUGCGUAGCGAAUUACUGAAGAACACGUUCUCGGGCGGAGAGUUCCCCGUGAGGCCGAACUACGGCGAGGUCACGCUCAUGGUCAACUUGCGGACCACUGCUUUCAAUUGGGAGUGCAACGAAGCUCCGCACGUGAAUGCCCCCCACACGAGCAAACUGGACUCAAUGACUAGGCGGUCGAGGGUAGUGGACUACUUCGCCACUUUCGAGGCAAACCCUGCGAAGGUGAAUGUCCUGGAGAAGCGGUUCCAAGACGACCCAACCGUGUUUGAGUUGUUCACGUCGCCUAUGGGGAGAUACAUUUACUUGCACGACGAGUUGUUUCCUUUCUUGAACAAGUGCGGCAUCGACAGGGUGCGGGGGUAUAUGUCGCAGCCGUCAGAGCACCAGCUCAAGAGAGUGCAGGCGUUCGUGGCCGAUAUGGUCGGCGCGACUGCCCCGUGGGAGAACCCAGCGGAUGCCCCUGAAACUUCGAGUUCGAACUUGCUGCUGAACAUCCACACGUUGCAGGACCAGAUCUGGAUAUGGGGCGCCGUGCUGCAGGGGGAAGCCCGCGCGCAUUUCAUGUUCCGCAUCUUGGAGCGCCCCGCGGACGCGAAGGACGGCAAGCCCCGCGGGCACGAGGAGAUGCUGGACAACCUUAACAUGCUCAACUUCGGCAAGGGCGGCAUCUUUGUGUCGGACAAAUGGGGCGCGGCCAUAUCAUCCGUGAAGGUCAUUCGCCGCCAGGAGGGGCUCACGCAGAGCGCCCUGCGCCACGAGGUAGUGAAUCACGAUGAUGGCGGGAUCGUCAACGCCAAAGGAUUCACCGCCAACGCCAUCGAGAGCAAGUGGGGCAUCCUGAAGAGGUGGUUGAAGUCCGAGUAUGGCGGCAAGCUCCCGAACUACAAGGACCGCGUGAAGUGGCGCUACGCGAUUAACGAAUACCAGGCGCGCUGCUACCUCAGCAUGGGCCACGCGCUGAUGGAUGAGAAGUACUACUACGUGCCUCUCUCCAAAGGUCUGCGCAUUUUUGCCAUUGCGUGA